GAACACAGACACAAAAUAUCAAGUAAAAACUUCCUUGCUAUAUACCAGUUAACAUCUUUCCAAAGAAGAAUAUAAUAUCAUAUCUUCAUUGAUCUUUAGCUUGUUCUUAUCUUCAUCUUUUCAACAUGAAUAGCUACGACCAAAACCAGGCUCAAGCAACUGCGUACACUCAACAGCAGCAACCACAGGGUGGUGCUUUAGUGGCUCCACCGCCACCGGCUGGUUAUCCAACCAGAGAUGUUGAAGGUGAUUCCUCUGUUCCAGUUACUACUCAAUCCAGAGGUGAUGGCUUCUGGAAAGGCUGUUGUGCUGCCUUGUGUUGUUGCUGUGUCUUGGAUGCUUGUUUCUAAUGAGUAACGCCAGCUUAAUUAAUUCCCUUUGUGUGGAUUUACUUUUAUUCGUUGUAACGUUAUGUUUAUACAUAUCCUUGUUGGCUUUUCCAAUUUUCUUGAUGAUGUAAAAGACGGUGCGAUCUGUAUUUUGGAAUUUGAUUCUAUAUUCCUUUGAUGACAUUCGUUAAACAUAUGUGUUUGAGAUAUUGUUAAUUAAUUAAUAUUCUUGGUUGUUUA